AUGAGUGAGGCCUCAGUGAUAGUUCACCCAUUGGUGCUACUUUCUGCAGUCGACCACUACAAAAGAAAAGGGACCAAGAGAGUCGUUGGGAUACUACUUGGGAGUGACGAUGGAGAAGUUCACAUUACGGAAAGCUUUGCUUGCAUAUUUGAGGAGGACGAGGAUGGAUGGUUUAUAGACACUUCAUACAUAAGAAGUAUGUUUGAUCUGUUCUACAAAGUUAACCACAAGCUCAAAAUAAUAGGAUGGUACCACACAGGACCAAAGAUGUAUGGGGAUGACCUGGACAUAACAAGGUCUCUGUCAAACUUUGUCGAAAAUCCAUUUCUUGCCAUCAUCAAUGUCCAUCUUGGAGAAAAUGAUCUUCCAGUCCAGACAUUCAGGUUAGACGAACAGGACGAAUUUGUACAUGUCGGAUGCAGCAUAGAAGCCGAAGAGGCUGAAGAGGUGGGAGUUGAGCAUCUGAUCAGGGACAUCAGAGAGGAGGCAAGUGGGUCGAUUGCAUCCAGGAUCAAUGGAAUAAAGGAGUCGCUAUUGGUUUACAAGGGGGUUCUUUCGGAGAUAAGAUCCUAUCUUGAAGACGUGAUAAGCAAGGACAUCCAUCCAAAUCAGGAAAUAAUUGAUCUCUGCCAGGAGAUCAUCAACUCAAUUCCGAAGCUGGAGAAGCCUCUUGAUGAGAACCUUUCCGACUGCUAUGUUUCUGUGCUUGCAAAGACUGUGAUUGCAUUGAAUGAUUUGAGAAGGAAUAGACUUGAGAAUGGAAUCGAGAUGGGUACGCCAUAA